AUGUCUGCUGUAAACGGCCACGCUUCUUCUUCCGCAAACCCUAAUGCUCCUCCUAGGCAAGAGGCUCAGCUCAAAGCUGCUGACGCUUUAUCAUACCUCGAUGAAUAUCCUAGAGGAGACGGUCUUUCCUUGCAUGAGCUCAUGGAUUCAAGGAAGAACGGUGGUUUGACCUACAAUGACUUCUUGAUGCUUCCUGGUCACAUCAACUUCCCUGCUAACAUCGUAUCCCUUCAAUCAAACGUCACUCGAAACAUCACCCUCAACACCCCAUUCCUCUCUUCUCCUAUGGACACCGUCACUGAGGACCGAAUGGCUAUUGCUCUCGCUUUACACGGUGGUCUUGGUAUCAUCCACCACAACUGUACCGCAGAAGAUCAAGCUGCUAUGGUUAGAAGGGUCAAGAAGUACGAGAACGGUUUCAUCACUGAUCCUCUAUGUUUGAAACCUGAUAACACUGUUGGAGACGUAUUGGAAAUCAAAGCUCAGUUCGGUUUCUGUGGGGUACCCAUUACUGAAACUGGCAAAUUGAAUGGCAAACUCGUUGGUAUGGUUACCGGUCGAGAUGUCCAAUUCCAAGAUCCCGAAGUCUCCGUCAAAUCAGUCAUGACCACAGAAAUUGUCACUGGAACUGCCGGCAUCACUCUCGAACAAGCCAACAACCUCCUUCGAGACUCCAAGAAGGGUAAACUCCCUAUUGUCGAUUCCAACGGAAACCUUGUAUCUCUCGUUGCACGAUCAGAUUUAUUGAAGAACCAAAACUUCCCUCUCGCUUCAAAAGUACCUGAAUCCAAACAAUUAUACUGUGGUGCCGCUAUCGGUACUCGACCCGGAGACAAGGAUCGAUUGAAGUUGCUCGUCGAAGCUGGGCUCGAUGUCGUCGUCUUAGAUUCAUCUCAAGGAAAUUCCGUCUUCCAAAUUGAAUUUAUCCAAUGGAUCAAAGAAACUUACCCUAAACUCGACGUCAUCGCCGGUAACGUGGUUACAAGAGAACAAGCAGCUCAACUUAUCGUUGCUGGUGCAGAUGGAUUGAGAAUCGGUAUGGGAUCAGGAUCAAUCUGUAUUACCCAAGAAGUCAUGGCUGUCGGUCGACCUCAAGGUACAGCUGUCUACGCCGUAUCAGAAUUCGCUUCUAGAUUCGGUGUACCAACAAUCGCCGAUGGUGGUAUUGGAAACAUUGGGCAUAUCGCAAAAGCUUUAUCAUUAGGUGCAUCAGCGGUUAUGAUGGGUGGUUUGUUAGCCGGAACAACUGAAUCUCCAGGAGAAUAUUUCUACCAUGAAGGUAAAAGAGUCAAAGUUUACCGGGGAAUGGGUUCAAUCGAAGCUAUGGAACAUACCCAACGUGGAUCAGUCGCCAAGAAAAACGCAAUCUUGGGUUCAGAUAACGCUGCCACUGCUCGAUACUUCUCUGAGACAGAUGCUGUCAAAGUAGCUCAAGGUGUCUCUGGUGAUGUCGCCGACAAAGGAAGCAUCAACAAGUUUGUUCCUUACUUGUACACCGGUUUACAACACUCCUUACAAGAUACAGGUAUCAAAUCUGUGACUGAACUCCAAAGAGAAUCAAGAGCCGGUACAGUCAGAUUCGAGCUUCGAACUGCCUCUGCUCAAUUGGAAGGCGGUGUUCACGGUUUGAACUCCUACACCAAGAGAUUAUUCGCUUAG